UGGAUGCUGGGAUCCUUGGCGCAGGCCCAGGAAUCCUCAGAAUGUGAGGUUUCUCUCAAAGGCAUCUUGCAUCAGCCUGUGGAUGUAUGCCUACCACGGGGGCUCCUUCACCGGCAAAAGUGGAAAAAGAAGUGGUUCACAACAAAUUCUUCUUUUGGGGUUGGGGGAACACGUUGGAUUACAGCCGUUUCCUUCUGUUCAAAACUGGCGUCCCGGGAUGGAAGGAAAUCUACAAGUGGCCUGACAUCCGAUGCUCUAGAAAGUUCCGGGCUUGUUGCUUGGAUUCUCUUAAGAAGCUGAAAUAACUGAAGAGGAGCGGGGGCCUUCUGUUUUGGAGGGUUCUGUCCUACAGAGGAUGUUCUACACCCAUUGACACUCCAGAUCCAACUCCAUCUUCCGAAAUGAUCCCGAUUCCCAGAAUGCCCCUGGUGCUGCUCCUGCUCUUGCCCAUCCUGGGUUCUGCAAAAGCUCAGGUUAAUCCAGCUUCAUGUCGCUAUCCUCUGGGCAUGUCAGGAGGCCACAUUCCAGACGAGGACAUCACAGCUUCAAGUCAGUGGUCAGAAUCCACGGCUGCCAGAUAUGGGAGGCUUGACUCUGAAGAAGGAGACGGAGCCUGGUGCCCUGAGAUCCCCGUGCAACCUGAUGACCUGAAAGAAUUUCUGCAGAUUGACUUACGUACCCUGCACUUUAUCACUCUUGUGGGGACCCAGGGGCGCCACGCAGGAGGUCAUGGCAUCGAGUUUGCGCCCAUGUACAAGAUCAACUACAGUCGAGAUGGCACUCGCUGGAUCUCCUGGCGCAACCGACAUGGGGAGCAGGUGCUAGACGGGAACAGUAACCCUUACGAUGUUUUCCUGAAGGACUUGGAGCCGCCCAUUGUCGCCAGAUUUGUCCGCCUUAUCCCAGUCACCGACCACUCCAUGAAUGUGUGCAUGAGGGUUGAGCUUUAUGGUUGUGUCUGGCUAGAUGGUUUGGUGUCUUACAAUGCUCCAGCUGGGCAGCAGUUUGUACUCCCUGGAGGCUCCAUCAUUUAUCUGAAUGAUUCUGUCUAUGAUGGAGCUGUUGGCUACAGCAUGACUGAAGGACUAGGUCAGUUGACCGAUGGGGUAUCCGGCCUGGAUGACUUUACCCAGACCCACGAAUACCACGUGUGGCCUGGCUAUGACUACGUGGGUUGGCGGAAUGAGAGUGCUACCAAUGGCUACAUCGAGAUCAUGUUUGAAUUUGACCGAAUCAGGAACUUUACUACUAUGAAGGUCCAUUGCAACAACAUGUUUGCUAAAGGUGUGAAGAUCUUUAAGGAGGUCCAGUGUUACUUCCGCUCGGAAGCCAGUGAGUGGGAGCCCACGGCCGUCUCCUUUCCCCUCGUCCUGGAUGAUGUGAACCCCAGUGCUCGGUUUGUCACGGUGCCUCUCCACCACCGAAUGGCUAGUGCCAUCAAAUGCCAGUACCACUUUGCCGACACAUGGAUGAUGUUCAGCGAGAUCACUUUCCAGUCAGAUACUGCAAUGUAUAACAAUUCUGGAGCCUUGCCCACCUCUCCUAUGGCACCUACAACCUAUGAUCCCAUGCUUAAAGUGGAUGACAGCAACACCCGGAUCCUGAUUGGCUGCCUGGUUGCCAUCAUCUUCAUCCUGCUGGCUAUCAUCGUCAUCAUCCUGUGGAGGCAGUUCUGGCAGAAGAUGCUAGAAAAGGCCUCACGGAGGAUGCUGGACGAUGAGAUGACAGUCAGCCUCUCCCUGCCCAGCGAGUCCAGCAUGUUCAAUAACAACCGCUCCUCGUCCCCAAGUGAGCAAGAGUCCAACUCUACUUAUGAUCGAAUCUUUCCCCUUCGCCCUGACUACCAGGAGCCAUCCAGACUCAUCCGAAAGCUCCCAGAAUUUGCUCCAGGGGAGGAGGAACCAGCCUGCAGUGGUGUUGUGAAGCCAGCCCAGCCCAACGGACCCGAGGGGGUACCCCACUAUGCAGAAGCCGACAUAGUGAAUCUCCAGGGGGUGACAGGUGGCAACACCUACUCAGUGCCUGCUGUCACCAUGGACCUGCUGUCGGGGAAGGACGUGGCUGUGGAAGAGUUCCCCAGGAAACUGUUGGCUUUCAAGGAGAAGCUGGGAGAAGGCCAGUUUGGGGAGGUUCAUCUCUGUGAAGUGGAGGGAAUGGAAAAAUUCAAAGACAAAGAUUUUGCUCAAGAUGUCAGUGCCAACCAGCCUGUCCUGGUGGCCGUGAAGAUGCUCCGAGCAGAUGCAAACAAGAAUGCCAGGAAUGAUUUUCUUAAGGAGAUAAAGAUCAUGUCUCGGCUCAAGGACCCAAACAUCAUACGUCUCUUAGCUGUGUGCAUCACUGAUGACCCACUCUGCAUGAUCACGGAGUACAUGGAAAAUGGAGAUCUCAAUCAGUUUCUUUCCCGCCACGAGCCUCUGGGUUCUUGUUCUAGCAAUGCCACAGUCAGUUAUGCCAACCUGAAGUUUAUGGCUACCCAGAUCGCCUCUGGAAUGAAAUAUCUCUCAUCCCUUAACUUUGUCCACCGAGAUCUGGCCACCCGAAACUGCUUAGUGGGCAAGAACUACACCAUCAAGAUAGCUGAUUUUGGGAUGAGCAGGAACCUGUACAGUGGUGACUACUACCGGAUCCAGGGCCGGGCCGUGCUCCCCAUCCGCUGGAUGUCAUGGGAGAGCAUCUUGUUGGGCAAAUUCACCACAGCAAGUGACGUGUGGGCCUUCGGGGUGACCCUGUGGGAGACUUUCACCUUUUGCCAGGAGCAGCCCUAUUCCCAGCUGUCGGACGAGCAGGUCAUUGAGAAUACUGGAGAGUUCUUCCGAGACCAAGGGAGGCAGACUUAUCUCCCUCAACCAGCCAUUUGCCCCGACUCUGUAUAUAAGCUGAUGCUCAGCUGUUGGAGAAGAGAGACCAAGCACCGGCCAUCAUUCCAAGAAAUACACCUUCUGCUUCUUCAACAAGGGGACGAGUGACGUCAUCAGUGCCUGCCAAUGUUCCUGUGGCCCAGGUCCUUCCCACAAGACCUACCGCUCACCCAUGUUUAAGCCACUUCAUCUGGACAUUUAAUGGACCAAAGAGACAGACAAGCGUUCACUUUACCCUCUUACUGUCUCUUGCCUCCUCCACUACACUUUCCUAUUCCCUACCACUGACUCAUAUAUACUUUUUUUUACAUGAAAUAACUAAAAAAGGAAAAAAAUAGAGCAGAUAAAAUUUAGUAAAAUAAAUACUACUUGAUAUAUCUAAGUGUUAGAUAAUAAAGGCUAGAAACUCAGAUAAUUUAUAAAGGUUAUGCUUAUGUUUAUAAGUGUGCAGAUCCUGCAAUAUUUUCCAUGUCACUUUCUAUAGAAUACCUUUAGAAAGAAAAACUUGAAGAAUACGAAUGUCUUGGGAAGCAUGAGCUUAGGCAUAAGGAAAGGACUUGGUAGCCGUGAAGAAUUGCAGGACUUGGUACUCCGCAACUAAUGGAUGUCUUCUUGACUUGGCCUCUGGACUUGACCCACUCCCACUCUCAGAUCUCUCUGUCUCUCUGUCUCUGUCUCUCUGUCUCUGUCUCUCUGUCUCUGUCUCUCUCUCUUUCUUGUCAAAGUGAGUGACAUGUACUUAAAAGUUCAAAAGCUCUGCCUUGUUUUUUGGAAUGAAUGUUUUCUUCACUCAUGGACAGAGAUCAGGGCAUGCCUAUGAAACAGGUCAUAUGGACAGGAAAAAAAUGUCUGUUGUGAGACUUGAAGGACAAUAGUUAUAAAGAGAAAAGAAAGAUUGCCCGGGAUUCUCAGUAGACAGAGUCAUAGGAAAGGAGGUCCGUGGAGGAUGAAUAGUAGCAAUCUCUGUUGUUCGCUUGUUUGCUUGCUCAAACAUUUUCACCUGUGUGCUUUAGGGAUACCUUGACUUUUUAAUCAGUAAAAGCCUGAUGUUUUGACAUUUUAAAGGCCUCUCCUUUAGUUCAUCUUGCCCAGUUCUGUUUCUUUCAAUAUGUGAUUCCCCUGUGUGACCUAGAGGCUAGGAUUUGAACUUCUCAGGCAUAAAUAUCCAAUGCUGUGUACAACGUACAGUAGAUCCAUUUUGAGUGUUCCCAAAAGGCUGGCCUGGACCUUGAAAGGAAGGUAUAGGAAAACUGAUUUUCACUCUUUAUUUGGGGAAAUAUGGAGAGAAUCAGAACAUACAGGCAAGAAUGGACUUCCCCAGAGAUGGUGAAUCUCUCAUCUCUGAGAACUUUCAGAUAUUAGCUGAAGAACUAUGCAAGAAAGAGGUUCUUGGCCACUGGAUACUUGUGUCUGUAUGGGAGAAUCAAAGGAUAGCCAUUCAGUGUUACUGAAUGUGCUUUUGCCAUGGAGAUGGCGGCCAGCCGCAGAGAAGGGGGUCUAGUUUCAGGAUUCGUGGAAACUGAUACACCAUCAAACAGGAGCUGUCUAAGAGCAGAUCCUAAGUUUUCAUAGUCUAAAGACUCUCAGAUUCAUUGGGAAACUAGAAUAUAGAAACCUUAAGUCCUGUAGAAAAAAACCAAGAAAAGAUUACUGAAUAAGCUGCCCAAGCUGAGGUAAAAUAGCUGUGGUCUGCUUCCGUUGUCUACUCAGGCAGCUUGCUCUAUGGUUUCUCAGAAGCCUGGCUGCUUCUUGGUUCAGCUUUCAGAUAACUCCAGGACACAGCAGAGAUGUAGUUCUAAGUCUUAAAAUUGAUUUCUCAGAUCCUAUUUAGUCAUAGUGAAUUCCCCUUUCCUGUGGCUUUUGUAUAAUUUUCUGCUUUAGUCUUUCCCAAGACUAACUUUGGGGUCAUUGAUUGGAGGAGAGGUAGGUGAGUGUUGGGUUUGGAACUCUGGCCCUCUUUCUGCCUUGAGCCAAGUAUGCCAUCUUCCCAAGUCUCAUUGUCUCUCUGAAUCUGUUUCCUUAUCUGUCUAAGGAGUAAAUUGAAUUAGGCGGUCUGGAAAUGGAAAUCUCUUGGAGUUCUGCUCUGCUUUGUGCUUACUGGAAAACCAGGUUUGUGACUGAUGUAGGCUCAGUUGCUCUCUUGCUCAGAAAAGUGUGGCCAGUAAAAGAGACCCUGAGAGGCAGCAUUUUAGAAACGCUGACGCCAGCAUCAUCUCUGCUCUAGAGUGCCCAGAAUUCCCACCCAUUAUCUCAUUUGGUAUCUCCAGGGCCAGCCACGUCUCGUUCACAACUCUUGGCUCUGUACUCUUUAAGAUUCUGUUCCUAAUUCGCUUUAUUCCUUUACCUGCUAUUUAAAAGUCGUGAUUAAAAUGAAAUUCCCUGACUUUGCAUCAUGGAACUCAUCUGUUCCAGGUGACUCUCCAAAACAUAUCAUCAUGUACAAGCAGAACUUUUCUUUUCUUUCCUUUCCUUUCCUUUUCUUUCUUUCUUUCUUUCUUUCUUUCUUUCUUUCUUUCUUUCUUUCUUUCUUUCUUCCCCUUCCUUCCUUCCUUCCUUCCUUCCUUCCUUCCUUCCUUCCUUCCCUCCUUUCUUUUUUUUUUGUAUGAAGAAGGCUCUACCUUCUGGCACUGAGACCUUUGAUUUAUAGACACAAGAUUAGUUUCUAUUUAUACUUGUAGAGUUGAGCUGUACCAACCUGAGUGACCCAACAUGGUAGAUGGGAAGGGCUUACCAUAUAGACUUAACAGGUAGCUCAAAUCUGAAUUAGAGAAAUGAAGCUAGGCUUUAGGAAAGAGAACAGAAACAGAUGAGAAACCGUGGGUUAUUGUUUUCUGAUCAUAUAUAUUCAUGAUCAUGAUAUAUAUAUGAACCAUUUAUGUCAAGAUGACCUUUAGACUAUUAUAUCUCGAUUUCUACCUUUAUGACAAAUGUAUUGAUAGGCAGUUCCAUAUAUUUUUUAGUGCUGGGAAUCAAACCUAGAAACUCACACAUACUAGGCAGAGGUUCUAUCAUUAUCUAUAGCCUCAGUAUCUAUGUUCAAAUCUUUCCCUGUUGGCCAGACAGAUAUCUCACUAAUUCAUGUAUGUGAUCUAGAGUCGAAAGGAGUGCCCUUAGGGGAUCAUGCAUUGUUAAGGCUAUGGAAAAAUCACCUGUGAGUGUUCAAGACUGUAUGACAAAAGAGGGCUGUGUGCAAGUGUGCGAGAAGUGGUUUUAAAAAGUGGUUACACAAAUGUGUGUGUGUAUGACUGAAUGGAAAGGAUGAGGCAAAGAUGAGAAAGAAGGUACCAUAAAGACAGGUAAGGAGAGAUUAUAGGAAGACACAGGAGGAGGCAAGCCAGGAAAGGUAGAAACAGGGAUGGUGGAGGCCAUGAAAUCAAUUUUUGAUACCUGAAAGUAAACCCUUGAAAGGAGAUCUGAGUGAGAUUAGAAAAAGUGACUUGAAAAGAAUGAAGGAUGAGUAGAAGAAGAAAAACUGGGUGAGAGAGACUGUAUUUAUUAAAGUGAAGUCAGGGCUAUAGAAGGGAUUUUGGCAGAGUUAAGGACGGGGAUGGUCUUCAUGGAUAAAGGCAUGUGUAGCCACCAGGGAAUGCCCUUUUUAUCUCAGGGGAAGUGGGUACAGGAGGCAGUUUGUGCUCCUAUUUUUUCUAGACCACAUCUAGUGCUGGUAGCAAGUCAAAGCUGUCUGUGCACUGGGCUUGGUGUUCCACGUGCUAUUUCGGCUUGAAGGUCUAGGAGUUUGGGAGCUUAUGGUAGUGACUUUCAAUACUGCUCAUCUUUGCUGGACCCAGAGUGGCCCCAGCAAACAUGGAAACAAUAGGUGUAAGUUAGACAAGACUAAACCUUGUCUGAUUCUUAAACAGAGGCAUGUGUCAUAUUGGAAACAUGUUUUUCUAGUCUCACCCAGGCAUUCCGCAAGAAAACCAGGAUGUGAGGCUAGGCCAUGUGUUUUAAGUAAAGAAGAGAAAGAGGGGAGUGUCAGGAUGAAGGGAACAGGGGAAGAUGCUCUGAGCACAUACACUAAAAGACAGAAGAAUAUUUUUAUCCCAAAAUACAAAAUGAAGAGAAUUGCAGUACAUUGGUUAUUAUGACUUUGAUCCUAAGUUGAAUUCAUGGGUCUGGUGUUUUCUGUCAUAGUCCUCUUUUCUUUGUUUUGAAGCCCAUGUCCUUGGGCGCUGCACUGGGUAAGCCCCUAACGUCUUGACAAGAUGCAGAUUCUGGUUUACUCUGGGAAAUCCUUUUGAACUGAAGUCUCAUAUUCUAGAAACAGAUGAAUGUCAUUGGCACUUGAUGAAUUAUUUGGGAUCCUGAAUUAAGAAGGAAGGAAACUGGGUAGUUAAUAAGGACUUGAUUCCGAGCAGAUUUGGGCUCUAUUCUCUAAUGAGCUGAGUAGGCUGGCAGGAAAAGACCGGGGAGCCACCAGUUAGCUGUCCCAUACGUCUCAGAUACUUGUUAUAUUCAGAUGAUCUGAAACUUGAAAGAAGUUACAAAAGAAUCAGUUCAGCACGGGCUUACCCUGGAUCUGGUUUCCUUCUGCUGGUAAUAUUGUAGUCUAUUUUCAUCCAUCAAAACCAUUGUCUGCUUGGAGCCAUUUUCAAAACUGAACUUGGAUUUCACCAGUUUUCCUGCCUUGUACUCAUUUGCUCAUUGGACAUCACUGCUGUUGGUUCAUAACCUGGCCUUGGGGGCACACGGCAGGAAGGAGCCUGGACAUUAUUCUACAAAUGCUGAGAGAAACCAGCAGUUGGCAAGCCCAUUCGCCAGUGAACAAUAUCUCACCUAUUUGCUGAAUUCACUUUCAAUUAACAUUCAUCAUUGCUGGACCCAGAAUGGCCAUAGCUUUCCACACCAAUCAUAUGAAAUGAUUAGUUCCUUGGUUGGCACCCCAAACAAUCCAUGAACAAUUUAAGAGGAUUAGUGAUAUAAAAGGCUUUCAGGCAGAAGGAAAUUCUAAACAGAAGAAUGGAGCUUUUGUUGGUGACAAGGAGGCUUUAGGGUAAAGCAGGACUUUGGUCAAGAAUUAAGUGAUACUUAUUGGAAGCAGGGAUAGUUUUUGGGUAGACUAUAACACAAAUAUAAACCCCUAAUGUGAGAUAAAACACCCUUUUCAGAGUAGCGGGGAAGUCUCAUUUGCUUAAAUGUUCAUCCUUAAAUAUCCUAACAGCUACUGAAUUAAAUUCAAGCUUCCUACGGAAAAGUUGAAACUCUAGUUUAAAGGGUCAUGACUUUGGGUUUUCUGCUGGCCAUUUUUAAGCUGCCCUGCUUAGGGGCUACAUGAUAAUAACUGUCUGUGGCUUAUAAAGUUCCUGGCACACAAUGAAUAUUUUGUGAAUUUUAUGUUUUCAGUGAAUAAAGUAUGGACAAAUUGUUAUGUAUCACAAGUGUGAAUUUUGGGAGAAGUGCUCUGUUAAAGCAUAAAAAGAAAAGGGAAGAAAGUAUCCUGCAGCAUGUACCCCCUUGUGUCUUGUGGUGGUGAACUGAUUCAGACAGCACGUAUGGUGCUUCUCCCAGGGCUCUAGUUCAAAGGCAGAGAGUAGACCCUGGCUCCAAAUCCAGCUCUUUUGAACCGAGCUAUUGAUUGAGUUUCUCCUACAGACACCUUGCCAGUCACUUUACAGGUCUUCUGGGAGAACAGAUACGAGUUCCAAGGCUGAUCUGCAGUCCCAACUGCACGUCAAGGAAACAUCUGUCAAGGGAAAGCACAGGCAGUCAAUAUCGGGGCAAACGUGUUUUCUUUCAAAGGGGUUUGGAUAAUGGGGAAAGCUGGGAGCUUUUCUGCAAACACACCGAGGGUUUGCAAUCUGCACUAGUCAUCUGAACCAUUCUUUGCUAUUCAGGAUUCAGCCCUUCUUGCCCGAUGUCUGGUAACUGCUUCGGAGGACUGACUUUCCGCAGCAGUAUGGUGGACUCUACCAUGAUGAGGCAACAUCUGGGCUUUAUUCACGGGCUGGGGUGGAUAAUGUGCUUCGUUAAGGGCUAAGCAGCAAAUGGAUUUAAUUUCUGCCUGAGACUAUCAUAGUCAUUCUAAAAUAGAAUACACAAAACUCCUCUGUAUUAGGAAAAGGAGCAGAAUGUGAUGCCAAUUGUGUAUUUUCUUUAUUUAUUCUCUGUAAGGCUGUUGGAUGAUACAUUGUAAAUAACAGAUUAAAGAGUCAUGCUACUGA